AUGGCGGCGGCAGUGAUCUCAACGACGUUAUUCGGCUGUGUCGGGUGUCAAGCGGGCAUUGAGUAUUUGCAAACAUAUGUUAAAAACAGUUUAAACCUCAUCACAUUCUCCUCGUUCAUCUUCACCGCUACCUACGGACUGAUGUUUCAUUCGAAAUUCUUCACAGUGCCGAAUCGAAUACCAAUCAAAUCGUAUGCGAAAAUUGUAGCCAUAUUUUUCACAGUCAACAUGGCCAACAAUUUAGCACUGAAGUUUGCUAUAUAUUUUCCGCUUUUUAUCAUUUUUAAAUCGGGCACACUUCUGACAAACAUGACAAUGGGCUACAUUAUACGAAGCUAUCGGUAUAACUUAAAACAAAUUAUCGCUGUGAUAGUAGUAACCGCUGGAAUUGUGAUUUUUACACUGGCAAGUUAUGAGCCGGGCGCUGAAAAUAUUCGUUCUGGAAUCGACUCCAACUCGUGGACCAUUCCCGUUCCUCCAUUCGUUGUUGGAAUUUGUCUUUUGUCAUUUUCUCUAAUUCUCAGUGCAUAUUUGGGUCUCUAUCAAGAGACUUUCUAUCAGAAACAUGGGAAACACAACGAGGAGAUGAUGUUCUAUGUGCACUUUCUGUCGAUUCCAGCGUUCGCGUUGGUCGGCGACGAAAUGAUGCCGGCGUUCUAUGCGGCGAAUAAGACGCCGUCGUUUGUUGUAGCUGGAAUUGAUACGGUAGUUCCAUCGGCGUGGAUCUAUAUUUUUGCGAUUUGCCUUUUUCAAUUCGGCUGCACCAAAGGCGUCUACAUGCUCUCCGCAGUCACCACAUCGCUCAACGUCACGAUGGUCCUAACUCUUCGAAAAUUCUUCUCCCUCUUAAUCUCAUUUUUCGUAUUUAACAACGCAUUCAACAUGUUUCAUACAAUUGGCGCCGCGUUCGUCUUUAUAGGCACUUUUUUGUUCUCCGUGUCAUUUACUCGUUCUUGA